CUCAUUUCUUCUUCUCCUUCGGUCACUUUGGUUUUCGCCAUUCUUCAACCUCGCGAGGAACCUCUGCUCCAUCUCUCCCUCAACCAGAAAAUGGAAGCUCGACCUCAGCCAGAGGAAGCACGAGAAGAAGAAGAAGAAGAAGAAGAAGACGAAGGGAAGCAGCAAAAAGAAGGGAAGCAGAAAAUGGAAGAAGCUAUGCCUCAGCAGGAAACGCAAGAACUAGUGAAGGGGAAAGAGCACAUGGAAGAAGAAGAAGAAGAAGAAGAAGAAGAUGUGAAGCACACUAUUUCUGCUACUACUGCAGCAUCUCCACCUCCCACUGUGGCCUCUCCUCCGCCUUCUUCCUCUUCCAACCACCUGCCCAACAUCCACAACGACGACGAUGACAGCGACUCCCCGCCCCACCCAAUUGACUCCCCAACGAGCUCCUCCCUCUCCUCUGGUCACAGCUCCAUCAGCCGCCUGUCCCUGUCCUCCCCCACAAGAGAUCGAGCCCUGGUUGCUAUCACGCCGGCCGAGAGGGCCCCCAGCAAGCCCCCCUCACCCUCACCCUCACCCUCCCCCUCCUCCUCUCCUCCUGCGCCAGCGGUGCCGCCGGUGGUGGUGUCGGUUAAGCGGUCGGUGAGGGAUGGCCCUCCACCGGCUGCGGCGGUGUUGGAGAAGGUGGAUCAGGUGGCGGGGGACGGGCCUGCAGUGAGGCAGUGGGGUGAGGAGCCCCCUACCACCAACGUGGCUGGUGAAGUCGGAGGUGGAGGCGGAGGAGCAGUUGGAGGAGGAGGGGGGAGGAGGCCGAGGCCGGACCUGUCGAUACUGAGGAGGGUGAGGCGGGAAAGCAUGGUGAGGAGGGUGCAGCUAGUGGCUCGGGUCUGCGGAUGUCUGUUCUGCUUGGUGGCGUUCUCGGUGAUGGCGGCCGAUAAGGACCAGGGCUGGGCCGUCGAUUCCUUCUACCGAUACAAAGAAUUCAGGUUCUGUUUGGCGGUGAAUGCCAUUGGCUUUGUGUAUUCGGGACUGCAAGCGUAUGACUUGGCCUACUUCUCGGCCACGGGAAAGCACCUCACUCAGAAUCGCCUCAGGCCCUACUUGGACUUCUCUCUUGAUCAGGUACUGAGUUACCUUCUGAUAUCGGCGACAUCAUCUGCUGCAACCCGAGUCGAAAACUGGCAGAUGAAUUGGGGCAAAGACAAGUUCCCUCAGAUGGCCACUGCCUCCGUGGCUUUCACUGUUCUCGCGUUCCUCUCCUUUGCCCUCAGUUCGGUUAUCUCCUUCUACUCGCUCUGUACACUAAGGGGCUCAUAGUUCAAAUCAUCGACAGGAUCUUUUGAGUCUGCAUAUACGUGAAGUCAUGCACAAGGUUGUAGUCAUAUCAUAGUUCGGAAACGCUAAAGUCGAAGAUGAUGGUUUCUAAUUUGUUUAGCUUUUUACAUGUUUACGCAUGGUCGGGUCAAAUGUCCCAUGGUGAUUUUAUAUAAACCAUUGGAAUCAUACAACCAACAAAAGCGUUUUUGAGGGCGCUCAUUGUUCGUAAUCUGACUUCCAACUACGAAUCUGUAUCCACCACUUGAAUAUGAAUUUAUCGGAAGUUGAACUA